UCCUUUCCUCUCUUUCUUCCCCACGCGGACCAGACGACGGUCACGACGCACGCGGAGAGUCCCUGCUCUGCUCUGCUCUCUCGGGGAGCGGCCCAACGGGAGCCAUGGACAGCUGCUUCCCCUGCCUGGGUGGAAACAAGAAGAAGAAGCCGAUAGAGAAGCCUCAGAUCCCGCCCGCCUCAGAUAAAGCAAAAUUGAGCUCGCCAUCAAGUGUGAUAAAGCAGGAUUCGUUGGAGGUGAAGAAGGAAGCUACAAAGAAGGACAUCAUCUUGAGCCAUGGAUCUGAGCACUACCGAAUUGCUGCGCAGACGUUCACUUUUAGGGAGCUCGUGGCAGCGACAAGGAACUUCCGAGCUGAUUGCCUUCUUGGUGAGGGUGGGUUUGGCCGCGUGUACAAAGGGUAUCUGGAGAGUGUCAAUCAGGUUGUUGCUAUAAAGCAGCUUGACCGUAAUGGAUUACAAGGAAACAGGGAGUUUCUUGUCGAAGUUCUGAUGCUGAGCUUGCUGCACCACCCAAAUCUUGUCAGCCUUAUUGGCCACUGUGCUGAUGGUGAUCAGAGACUUUUGGUUUACGAGUACAUGCCUCUAGGUUCUCUGGAGGAUCACCUUCAUGAUCCUUCCCCAGAUAAGACACGGCUUGACUGGAAUACAAGGAUGAAGAUAGCUGCUGGCGCAGCUAAAGGGUUAGAGUAUUUGCAUGACAAAGCCAAUCCUCCUGUCAUAUACCGCGACUUGAAAUGUUCAAACAUCUUGCUUGGAGUGGGGUAUCACCCAAAGUUGUCUGAUUUUGGAUUGGCAAAGCUAGGCCCAGUUGGUGAUAAAACACAUGUUUCCACUAGAGUGAUGGGUACAUAUGGAUAUUGCGCCCCGGAGUAUGCCAUGACUGGUCAGUUGACUUUAAAGUCAGAUAUUUAUAGCUUUGGUGUUGUCCUUCUGGAGAUCAUAACAGGACGAAGGGCUAUUGACAACACCCGAGCUGCGGGGGAGCAAAAUCUUGUUGCAUGGGCCCGGCCCUUGUUCAAAGACAGGAGGAAGUUUCCCCUGAUGGCAGACCCUGCACUUGAGGGUCAGUGUCCAUCAAGGGGUUUGUACCAGGCCCUUGCUGUUGCUGCGAUGUGUGUCCAAGAACAACCGAGCAUGAGACCGCUGAUCGGAGAUGUUGUUACAGCUCUCACUUACCUUGCCUCCCAGACUUACGACACAGAAGCACACGGCAGCCAUCGAAGUUCGCGUUUGGUGGCUCCCGGCACACCACCCCGGACUAGGCGGGACACUGGGAGAAUGAGCCAUGGUGCUGAUCAAAGAGGAAGCGGCUAAGGUGGUACGGUAGGAGGUAAUUGAUGGUUUGGGAAGGAGCCUAGAACUUUUGCCACUGCGGCAGCCUACUGUGUGGGAGCAGGAGCUAGCAGUCCAUGGAGAUGGAGAGAAAUUUUGCCGAUGGUAAGUCAGUUGUCACUUUGGGGAGAUGGUCUGGUGUGUCGAGAGAUGAUGGCCUGUUUCCAUCAUGGAUUCGCUGCUGUACAUAUGCCCUCGAGUGUCUUGUCUGUAUUUCUGUCUAAGUGUAACGUAACAACACAUUCCGAUUCAUAAAUUUUAUAUAUUUCUUUUAAUUA